AUGCCGCUGCGCCCUUGGCAACCUACGGUCUCGUCAAUACCUUCAUCGUCUUCCUCUCUGAAAUAUGUGCAUCAUUCUGAGGGCGAAGAGGACAAGGAGAAUACCCCUAUUAGGAGGGGAAAACCGGGCGUCAUAAGGAAACCAAGGAAAUCAUAUGCACCAAACAUGCUUUCACGCAGAAACGAACGUGAAAGAAAUCGGGUUCAUCUACUCAACCUAGGCUUCGAACGACUUCGUGCUGUGGUCCCGAAACGCGAGGGGGAACAUCUGAGCAAGAUUUCUACACUGAAAAAGGCGAUUUGGUACAUAGAACACUUAGAGCGGGUUCUUCAUGAAGAUGUAGCAUCAACAGUAGCGGAUGGUGGGGUGGUGGGCACAGGCUUGGGGGGUGUUUCUUCAACAUUGGCAACAUCGUCAUCAUCGCAACAACAGGAACGACUUUCACCAAUCUUUCCAGCUCGUUUAGACGAACCGUCACCUGGAUCCCAAACAGCAUUUAAAUUUACCACGGCCACUCCCGACAGUGGCUAUGAAAGCAGCUUCGUUAAUCUGAAACAUCAAGAACUCAUACCCCAACCCACUCGAAUAUGGGUUUCUGACUUCGACGCAACUUCGACGCCAUUCCGAUGA